UAAGUUUAUAUCGGCGUUAAAAGGUCGCUUUAAAUUUAUGUAGAGAUUAAAGAUGUUUUCGAUCUUUUAAAUGGCGUGGGCAGAGAAAGAGAGAGAGACUUACGGCGCUCGUACCUAUCGAAGAGAGGCGCGGUGGUGCAUUUCCGCGAUGCAACAGCUGUUUGUAUGCGCAGGAAAAGACUCGACUUCCGAGUAUACUGUAAAUAAAUAUGGGCUGGUACCGUGUGGUCACGCAUCGGGAGCCUCGAGUCGCAUAUCGCGAACGUUAGAUAAACCUAGUGUCACACACAUCCGCAUAAGAGGAUCGCUGGCGAUCGAUCAAGCGGCUCGAGAUAUAUUUCUCCUUCCAGGCUGGGAAUCUGUUACCAUCUUUCUACAUCUCGACUUGAAAUAAUAUAUUACGCGGCGACCCUUACGAAAUUGUUUGGAUUAUCUAGAUUGUAUAGUUCGCCGGAAAUGAGUUAACGGCACAAAUGCUAACGAGAACUUUCUGCAGAGUUGAGUCUUGCGAAUUUAUUUUCAGUCCAUAUUCGAUGGGUGAUCCUGACUUUCUCGCAAGAUAUUUAUCCCCCCCCCCUCUCCCUUCGUAUAAUCGGAAAUAGAACGCAAGCUCUCUAAAUCAGAAUUAGUGAAAACUCGAUCAGUGGAAAUACACUGACUUCCAGUGAUAUACAUAUUGAUUAUCAGUGAAAUAAAUACACUGACUAAUUGUAAAGUGAAAAUUACUGAAAGACAGUGAAUAUCCACUGAUUAAGAUUUAGAGAGAGAUAAUUCUCGCCGAGAAGAAAACUUGAUACGUGGGUAAACGUGCGUCCCUUUGAUCUUUCAUUUCCUUACUUAUCAAGUUAGGGGAAAUCACAGUCGUGAAAAUUCGCACGGUGCUGUGUAAUCGUUAACGAGGUGCCGUUAACGCUUCUCAUUAUCGUCCGCGCUGCAAUCGACAACGAUACAAAUCAGCCGCGGCGUCAGUUCACCUUCGACCACCGCGCGGCAUGCUCGAUCCCGGGCUCCACCGCGCGCGCGGGGCUUUUUGGACAAUCUCUCAUUAUAUCCCGUGACACACGAGCCGCUGAAUUUGUGCGCGUGCACGGUGACUUCUCUCGGUUCGGGGUAUCGAUUCCGCCGCGAGUGACACAUUUGUGCCGCGGAAAAAAGAAUCUACGCGCCGUCGAUCGUGACAUUAACCUUCGCGAUACUGAGCGCGCACAUGUGAAGUUCAAUUCAAUCGAUAUCUGGAAACGAACCCAACGGCGACUCGCGGUGAACCGUUUCUCUUCUUGUUAGACAAAAGGUCCUGCUGACUCGUGGCGACUACGAGGUUCUAAGAUACUUUUCAAGUUGAUGCACACAAUGCCGGCAUUCUGCGGAGUCUCCCCUUCUCGCCUCGGACGGAAUCAGGCGGAAUCGGUAUCGUGACCGAUAGCGCAUAACGCCCGGGCUCACCGAGCCGGGCGCUGAGAAAUUGCGUUUACAUGGUGAAGGGGGGAGGGGGGAGGAUCCCCGCACCACGGGGCGAGAUCACUCGCUCCGGGAGUCAUAAUAAAUGCGUUCGUGAAGCGUUGCCAGUCGAUCGUGUCGCGUCGCGCGACGCCGAUACAUCGCCACGGCGGACGCGCAUCAUCGCCGCCCGCCGCCGAUUUUCCCGAUGGUUGGCCCGGCCGCUCCAUCCAAUUUGCGAACUUUCGGUGCGACGUUAAUUGUCCCGCCCUAGUUUCGCUCCGUUAACCGCCGCUCCGUCGCGUUACACGCCUCGCAACGAUCCCGGGUCAGCGAUGUUACGCGUGCGACGAAAAAUGAGAUUUAAACUUCGCGAACCCGAGGAAACGGAAGGGGUUGGAAUCACUAAUGGGGUUUAGAGGGAAAAUGCAAAUCCCCCCCCCCCUUUUUUUUUUUUUUUCAAAUGUUACAUCUUUAAAUAGUAAAUUAAUAAAUUAUUAUAAUUGCAAAUUAUAAGAUUUUAUUUGCAAAAGGAAAAUACAUUUUGAACACUGACGUGGCACUGUUGAACAGUUUUUUUUUUUUAUAGAUUCGUAUAUCAUCCUUAUGUAUUAUUUGUAUAAGCCCGUGAAGCAAACAUACCGAGGAUGCUUCGUGCGAGUGCGUUUAUUCUUGGCUCUCGAGGAACGUUCGCUAAGGGCGAAUAUUCUCCCGAGGGAUAAUCCGCGAUCGCGUCGUGCGCUCGUAGACAGUGGGAAGAAAAAAGGACGUGACGGAGGCCUUAAAAGCCUUGUCCUCGCUUUUUAAAGAUCGGGGGGGACAGAGUGCCACGAGGAAUUUGGUGAAUUUCCACCGCGGCGUCGUGCGCGUGGCGGGCGCAUUGUCCGGGAUUAAACCUGCACGUUCCUGAAGAAAAGUUCACGGCGAAUCGAUCGCGCGAGUCGUCGACGGUCCUCCGUUGCCUUCGAUUCGGUGAUACUUUCGGUGCUAGGCGCUACCGAUGGCAAGAAUAAUAUCCAAGUUCGUGUGAAUUGUCAUCGGCGAUGAGGUACCAUAGAACGUCGUGCCAAUCUUUUCAUUGACUUCAACUGCAUAAAUGGAGCAAGCCGGAGCCGGUUACAUCAUAUCAUCGGAUGACUGUAACAGUAUAAGCUGCGAGAAUUCGUGAGAAAAGCGGAAGAAUCGGAGCUGAUGUAUCGUGAGAGAAAUGCGAGAAUCAUAUCGACGUUAGUAUAUCGGAUUUUAAGGAUGUACUGUGACUUGAUGAGAUAAUUAAGACAUAAAGACUUAUUAAAUUUAUUGUAAAUUAUACAUAAAUUAUGUGAAAUGUACAUUUAAAAGUAGUUUAUAAAGAAUUGUUGCGAAAGAGGAAAUACAAUAAUUAGAAACGUCAAGAAAAUCAGUGGUGAUUAAUAAACUGAUUAAUUCAAAUCCUCUUUUUUAAAUUUAAAAUUUAAUUUUUUUUUCACCGAUUUGCCGUUGUAAAUCCAAUAUGGAUUGGUUAUCUCUUUGCGUCUGUGGUACAAAGCGCAACGAUGGGAAGAUCAAGAAGGACGGGAAGCGCAAAAAGGGCAAGAAAUCUAAAAAUAAUUUCAAGCGUAAAGGAUCUUGCCAAGCGCCGCCGUUCAUCGUCGAAGAGUUCUUGCGCCAAUCGCAGGACGAACAGCCGAAAGAAACCGCGGAGAAGGAAUGGAUGAACGGAGAGAUUAUUAAUUGCUUCGAUAAUCGCGGGAAGGAUCAGAUCAGCUCUACUGAUCAAACCAGUCCAUCGAAAGUCAACGGCUCACCGCCUUGUCGAAUCGAUGACCACGGGAACUUCGAGGAGUCUCCCGGGAGUUCGGAAAAAAACGCGAGCGAAUCCGCUCGAGAAUCACGUGGCGUCGAUUAUUAUUACGACGACGAGGUGCUGCAUUCGAGAUCCGCAUCGAGCAUCGCGGACGAAGACGAGAGGCAAAUCAAGGACACUUUGGAUGAGAAGGAACACGACGAAGCGACGGAUCUCGAUGAAUUCGUUCCGAGAGCGGUGUCAAUCGGGGAGCUCGAAGAUUCGUCCUGGACGUUGGAAAUCGCGGAUAGACAGGACGCAGCUCCGAAACACAGCAUUGAUAGAAAAUGCGGCGAAAGGAUUUCGUCUAGGAUUAAUUUUUCCGACGAGAAACACGUAAAGUCGAAGGCUAGACCCGCCCCGAGGAAAGGGACCAGGAAUACUCUUCCGCCGAUCAAAGGGAGAGCUCGCGUUGAGGCCCUGGAUAAUGAGGAAGUGCAAACCCGCGGUGAGACGAAUAGAUUUGGAUUUAAGAGAACCGUGGCGUCACACGGGAACGAGAUUCGACGGAAAUUGAACUCGUGCAGCUUCGAGGUUCGGCCGUUCGAGGAUGAAGAACAAGGCAGGAAAGUGAAGACUCCGAGGGGCGAGGGAUCUAUGAUACCCAGGCUUGCAUCCCCCAUGCGACGAGAAGUGAAUUCGCUGAAAAACGACAACGAUAAAUCAGAAAUCGUGCAAAACGGUCGCGUACACUCGGCAGUCGUCUCCGGUAUUAAUUUAGAGCAGCACACCGUAACUGUAGAAUGGUUCGAGAGAGGAGAGACCAAAGGCAAAGAGGUGGAAAUCGACGCCAUUCUCGCCUUGAAUCGCGAUUUGAACCAAAAGAUGGGACCACGAGUGGGAUCCGAUAGCAUAUGUGCGCUACCGCAGGUGAUGAACAACCACAUGUUGGCAUCUUCGAGAGCGAGGGAGCCGGACUCCUCGGCUGAGGAGGACGAGGGGGUCGAAGAGUCGGAGAACCAAGAGGAGGGCUCCCUCGGACGCCAUGGUGGUCACACCACGAGAAACGGCCUCGCAUCCGCAACGCUUCCUGUACGAGUCACAUCUCGUCUCUCGCACUCCACCAGGCCGUCUAUUCCAGUGAAAGCUGGUUCGAAUAGGCAAUUUCAAGUUUCACGACAAACCGGUCGCCCGACGAACAUAAUGUCAUCAACCACGUCGGUGAACGGUCACGAAUCGGUUUCCGGCCUCACCGGACGUCGGGAACUCGAGAAUAUACCGCCGACGCCGACGACGACCGUCACGCAAUGCCUGAUGACCCCGGUGCAGAAUAGACAGCAGAAACAAGCGCAGCAACAACAGCAGCUGCAGCAGCAACAGCAAACUCAGGUAGAGAACGGUCGGGGUAGACGAUCUAAUGUUGUCAAGGAGGUCGAGAAACUGAAGAAGAACAGGGAGGAGAGGAGGCAACGACAAGCGGAAUUGAAGGAAGAAAAGGAAGCAUUGAUGAAUCUGGAUCCAGGCAACCCGAAUUGGGAGUUUCUUGCUAUGAUAAGGGAAUAUCAAAACAGUAUAGAAUUCAGGCCGUUGCGAGAGACUGAUGCUGUGGAAGAUCAUCAAAUCACUGUAUGCGUGAGAAAACGUCCACUUAACAAAAAAGAGCACGCGCGCAAGGAGAUCGAUGUGAUUAGCGUGCCUAGCAAGGAUCAGAUGGUGGUGCACGAGCCUAAGUCUAAAGUUGAUCUUACCAAAUAUCUUGAAAAUCAGAUCUUCAGAUUUGAUUAUGCGUUCGACGAGACGUGUAACAACGAGAUAGUCUAUAAGUACACGGCCAAGCCACUGGUACAGACAAUCUUCGAGGGUGGCAUGGCUACGUGCUUCGCGUACGGUCAGACCGGCAGCGGCAAGACUCAUACAAUGGGUGGCGAUUUCAACGGCAAAACGCAGGACUGCAAGAAGGGCAUCUAUGCCAUGGUUGCCAAAGACGUGUUCAAAUGCCUCAAAUUGGCCAAGUAUCGGCCUCUAAAUCUGGUCAUUUCCGCCAGCUUUUUCGAGAUUUACUCCGGCAAAGUGUUCGAUCUUUUGGCGGACAAGGAGAAAUUAAGAGUUCUAGAGGACGGCAAACAGCAGGUGCAGAUAGUUGGAUUGACGGAAAAAGUUGUGGAGACUUGCGACGAAGUAUUAAAGCUAAUACAGCACGGGAACAGCGCCAGAACGAGUGGUCAGACAAGUGCUAAUUCUAAUUCUUCAAGAUCACAUGCAGUAUUCCAAAUAAUAGCGCGCAUCCCGGGUACACACAAGGUGCACGGAAAGUUUUCACUCAUCGAUCUUGCUGGUAAUGAAAGGGGUGCCGAUACGUCAUCCGCUAAUAGGCAAACUCGAAUGGAAGGUGCUGAGAUCAAUAAAUCCCUAUUAGCGUUAAAAGAAUGUAUACGCGCAUUAAGUCGUAAGGGUACGCAUUUGCCUUUUAGAGCGAGCAAGCUGACUCAAGUGUUAAGAGAUAGUUUUAUCGGUGAAAAAUCAAAAACGUGCAUGAUAGCAAUGAUCAGUCCUGGGAUGAGUUCCUGUGAGCAUUCCCUAAAUACGUUGAGAUACGCGGAUCGAGUGAAAGAAUUGGCAGCGACCGAUCCUACGGAAAUAAAAACUUCACCAACGGACGACGAUCGAGAUAUGAAGAUUGAGGAACAGGGAAACAACAGCGUGUUAUCAGAUAGUGAUUUAGCGCAGCUUCGAUCUCUCAAUGAAGGUGAGCUUUCGCAAGAUUUAUACACUUUUCACGAGGCAGUAUCAGCUUUGCAAUUGCUCGAAGAAGAAGUGUUGGAUACGCACAAAUUAGUUAUGGAUAAUACAACUAAAUUCCUUAACGACGCGCACAGUGUAUUCAGCGCGACCCACGAAGUGGAUUAUGAUCAAGAAGAUUUGAGGCGGAAAAGAACAAAGUUUGAGUCACCCUACCUGAGGAGUUUCUCGUUACGUAGACGUCUUAUAGAGAGAAAACUAUUUUCCGACGCAUAUGCCCAAAAGUGGGAGCAGCUGUUAGUACAGCAACGUGACAUUCUGAACGCUGCGCUCGACCAAGUUAGCCAGUUCCGCGGGCAGCUGUUGCAGGAAGAACAAAUCAGCCAGAAGAUGACCCGAACACGCAACAUCACAACGCGGUACAAUUAAGGAUGUUACUUCUAGCAAACGCGAUAAAAAAAAAAGACAAACUAAUUAUAUUUUACCGGUGAAAAAAACAGCCCGCUUCUUAUGUGUGUAUCAAUUUUUAAUUACAACAAGCGCGCGUGCGCGGAAAAGCAGAUAUACCAUGACACUAGUGCGACAGUCAUAGAAAACGCAAAAUGUAACAAAACAUCAUCUUGCCUUCGAAAUUGCUACGAAAUGUAUGUCAAGGUAGCAAAGAGCUAAAUCUCACUCUAGCGAUCUUGUAUCAUAACGAUUCUUCUCGAAUGGUUCUCCUUAACAAAAUGAACAGAAUAGAAAGAAAUAAUUCCGCAGGAAGGAUAUGUAAUGUCGAAAUACGGCAGACAUGAUAAUAACAAUAAUUGCUUAAGGAUUCACAUAAGUGAGAAAUUAACUACUUGUUUUUACUGCAUUAGAUACCGUUCAUCUCGGCGUGAGUCGAUGAAGAAAACUUUUAGCUACGAUUUCUUUAGUGCCUCUUAGCUUCUUGGAAUUGUAGGAAAUUUUAAGCAAAUAUGGAAUCGCUCGCGAAGAUGAUAAACGAACGUGUUUGAUUUUGGCUUCAGGGAUCAAGAUUCGUCAAUACUAUAAUUGCAUAGUUUCCUGCAAAACGAGUUUUUACAUGUUUUAUAUGUUUUCGGGCCGCAUCGAGAUUAGCAAAAUUUGAAGCCGUCAACGACACUUCGAUACUCUCAAUUGUAUCAUUUGUCUAUUUUCGGAGUGCAAAGCACCAUCGCAAAUGAUUAUGCGUAAGCUGUUACGUCGGAUAAACACUUGUUUUUUUUUAGGCUGUAGAAAAUACUAAAUGUAUUACGAGGGACCCCGUGUAUGUUAUUGAUUGAAGGAAAAAGCUUUAAUAAUUUGUCAAAAAACAGCAGAGAUAUGUCACAGCGAUAUUUUGUACACCCUCAUUUAACACACUCAUACACACAAGUGCACACGCGCGUAGCGAUUCUUUCGUAAGCCAAAUAACGACUGAUUUCGAGAGAAUGAAAAAAAAAUGUAACUCUUAGCUCGUAAGUUGGAAACUAUCCAGCGACGCUCAUCCGGAUAUUUAAGUUUCUUAGUAUUAAUAUCAUCGACGGCAUCAAACGGUCCUCUUUUUUUCUUACGUUAUUAAAAGUAUGAGAUUAAAAUCUUCAUUUGAUUUAUCAACGAAUACUCUUGUGUUUUUUUCCUCACACUACUGCAAUUUCAAUUCAUUCGCGGAGCGGUCUCAGCGCAAGCUUUGCAAGGCUUUAGUACAGAUACGUCCAACGGAAUACCGUCGAUUUUUAUUACAAUUCUAGCUACUGCGGUGAAGUUAACGUCUCUCUCUAUGGAUAUAUUUUCUUUAAGCAAAGGAGAUCGAAUUGUCGUAAAAUUCAAAGCAAUAAAUGUUUAUCCCGUUUUGUUUUUUAUCUCUACAUUUUCUAAGAUACAUCAACAAUUGAUACCAAUAUGAUGCUAAUAUUAUAUCUGGAAGUAUAUAAUAUCAAGACAGAAAACAAAACAACUUUCAGCCGAAAAUAUAAAGCUCGUUCAAUAAAUCGUAGAAAGCAGAGCUGAUUCACAAUCAAUAAUCGGCAUUGUGUAUUAAAUUAAAAAAUGCAGACAUUCUGCUUUUUAAUAAUUAUCUAUCUAUUUUGUCUCGAUACUUGUUCUAAUUCGGUCUAAAAUACUUUCCACGUCUUGUUAUUCGUGCAGAAUAACCAUCAGGUUUCGCCUCAUCAGGGUUUGUUAAAGAUCAUACAUCACAUAAUAUAAUGCUAAGGAAAUAUAUCACACUGCAGUUGCACUAGACAAUAGAGAGUUAAGAAGAUUAAUAUAACGCGUAUUCACGUGUCACACGACUUAUUCCUCUUAAAGAUUUUAUCCCACAUGUCCGUUCCUGUAUAAGUGUAAAGUUCUCGUGUGCGUUGACUUAUGCAUUAACAAUCAUUACGUGUACGUUCGAUUUUUUUUAAACGUAGAGCUGUUCUAAUUACGACUCGAGAGGUUAUUCUCAGUCACGGAGCUUAGAGAUAAAUUAACAAAGUAACAAUAAGAAUGGAUGAGAGUAAUGGAGCACUGACAUUUCUGUGUUGAUAUAAGACUUACGAUUUUUUAUAUAAAUAUAUAAAAUACUUAUAGCGCGCGCAGAGUUGUAAAGAAAUUAUUUGAGAUUACUGUAUCAAAGGAUGAGAUAGUCGCGCAUGUCGCCAUUUAAUGACGCGCAUUAAUUUAUCAAGCGUGUAUCAUUGAUCGGAACCUGUGUCUGAGCACACAUUAGGGAAAGUCAUGCUUCAUCUCGAAAAAAAAAAUCGUUUCUCGCUACAUAUCUGACGUUUCCCGAUGGUUGCUAAAUAUAUAUCGCCUGAAUUAACAAAUGCUAAAUAUUUCAGAAGCAGUUGGCGACUGCUGUAGUCAGAUAUACGAGAGUUUUCCUCAUCGUCGAGACUUAUAAUUUAACUUUUCUUUAAGAUCAUGAAAAAUAUUCGCGUUUCACUAUUUUGAAUAUAGUAUUUUUUAAUACAUAAUGGCGCGAUAGUGAGAGAUGAGGUUUAGUAAUCGAAAGAUGUUAAUAUACUUCUUAUUUUUUUAUAAUCGUAUAAUUUAUGCGGAAGGGAGAGAGAGUGAAUCAAACAUACGACACAUAUUCCCCUGUCCUUUCCUCUAUUAUAUAGACGUACUUAAUGAUCGACCUCUAAAUCAUUUUAAUUCGAUGUGCACAGAAAAUUUUCGGAUACGUAUGAGAGGUUUCACGUUGUUGCUUUAUGAAUGAAAUAAAUCAGAUUGGAAAGUGAA